CCUCAGAAACAAUCUUUGGGUGCUGCAGCUUUUUUCUUGGCCUCGCAGAAUGAUGACCUUAGGAACUUGUCCCUCUCUGGCCAUGUGGGCUUUGACAGCCUCCCCGAUCAGCUGGUCAACAAGUCGACGUCGCAGGGCUUCUGCUUCAACAUCCUCUGCGUGGGGGAGACGGGCAUCGGCAAAUCAACGUUGAUGGACACUCUGUUCAACACCAAGUUUGAAAGCGAACCUGCGACGCACAACGAGCCCGGCGUGAGAUUGAAAGCCCGGAGUUACGAGCUCCAGGAGAGUAACGUCCGUCUGAAGCUGACUAUCGUCGACACGGUUGGUUUUGGCGAUCAAAUUAACAAAGAUGACAGCUACAAGCCCAUAGUAGAAUAUAUUGAUGCGCAGUUUGAAGCCUACUUGCAAGAAGAGCUAAAGAUCAAACGAUCUCUGUUCAAUUAUCAUGACACCAGAAUUCAUGCCUGCCUGUAUUUCAUUGCACCAACUGGACACUCGCUCAAGUCCCUAGACUUGGUCACCAUGAAGAAGCUCGAUAGUAAGGUGAACAUCAUCCCCAUCAUUGCCAAGGCUGACACCAUUGCGAAAAACGAGUUGCACAAGUUCAAGAGUAAAAUCAUGAGCGAGCUGGUCAGCAACGGUGUCCAGAUCUACCAGUUCCCGACUGAUGAAGAGACAGUGGCUGAGAUAAAUGCCACGAUGAGUGUCCACCUUCCUUUUGCUGUAGUUGGCAGCACUGAAGAAGUGAAGAUCGGCAAUAAGAUGGCAAAAGCCAGGCAGUACCCCUGGGGUGUUGUGCAGGUUGAGAACGAAAAUCACUGUGACUUUGUGAAGCUGCGAGAGAUGCUGAUCCGAGUGAACAUGGAGGAUUUGAGAGAGCAGACGCACACCCGACACUACGAGCUGUACAGGCGCUGCAAACUCGAGGAGAUGGGAUUCAAGGACACAGAUCCAGACAGCAAGCCUUUCAGUCUCCAAGAGACCUAUGAAGCAAAGAGGAACGAAUUCCUGGGCGAACUCCAGAAGAAGGAAGACGAAAUGAGGCAGAUGUUCGUCAUGCGAGUGAAGGAGAAGGAAGCAGAAUUGAAGGAAGCAGAGAAAGAUCUCCAUGAAAAGUUUGACCAUCUAAAGAGGACUCACCAAGAAGAGAAGAAAAAGGUGGAAGACAAAAAGAAGGAACUUGAGGAAGAGCUGAACAACUUCCAAAAGAAGAAGGCAGCAGCUCAGCUAUUACAGUCACAGGCUCAGCAGGCAGGUUCUCAACAAACCAAGAAAGACAAGGACAAGAAAAAGUAAGCGGAUGUCACCCACAUCCUUUGUAGGGUUUAUUACAAUUUGGGAGGUUGUUUUUUGAUUUCUUGCUGCAUGUCUGUAUUUGCUUUUUCCCAUUACCAGACUGGAAACUGGGCUUUUAUCAGCCCAAUCAAAUAAAAUAUUUUUUUCUAAAGGGUGGGCCGGGGACAUGAUCUUAAUUUUUCUCUAGAAGAAUACCUUCAAAUUUUAUGUUGAAGUCUGACUGGUAUGGGAGAGCAAUCGAAUGGUGGAACCUGUGAUCUGUCCAUCAUCUUCUGGAACAGCUCUGGGAUGUUCCGGCCUCACAUUUAUCUGCCUGAGCCAAAAUUAUUAAGGGAGUCUCUACCCGUCCUUUCUUUAUCCCAAGAGCAAUCUCCAGUUCCCAUUCCUUAAGUUUAUAGUUUUAAGUAGUAGAUUAGAAACCAAAACAACCAUGUUACUUUUACAUGGGAAAUGCUAGUGCCAAAAGUCAAGACUUGGAAGCUUG